CUAAUGGUGUGUGGUCUUGUUUUUCAGACUCCUCUCAGGACAAUCCUGAUCGCAGCAUGGAGAGCCCGUUACCGAGCUCCCUGUCAGAGGGGGAGAGCCCCGAGCCGGCCGAAUGCCGAGACGUCUCUCUGGAGCGCUGCCCCGACCAGGCUUUCUCCCAGCCGGACCCGUCCUCAUCCCCGGGGCCACCCCCCUCUGGGGAGCCCGAAGUCGAGACGGACGGUCGUCUCUCGGAGCCGGAGCAGGAAGGAGACGGUGGCGGGGAUCCCGGAGGUGCCUCCCGGCCAGAGCCGGAGCAUGGGUCUGGCGAAGGGGGUGCCUACGGCGUGCAGAUGGUGGUGGUGCAGGGAGAGGCGCGGCCCACGCAGGAAUCUGAGGAGGAAGAGGAGGAGCCGGACCCUCAGGACGGGGAGACGGCGGGGGCACCGGGCUCCCCCACCACCCCACCGCGCUCCCCGGGCGCCGACACCAAAGGCCGGCCCUUCACCUGCUCCCUGUGCCACAAGUCCUUCCUGCAGCUCUCCUGGUUCCUGGUGCACGAGCGCCUCCACCUGGACAGCGGGCUGCACUGCUGCCCGGUCUGCAGCAAGUCCUUCGGCCAGGCCUCGGACCUGCAGGCGCACUGCCGCAGCCACGCCAGUGAGCGGCCCCACUCCUGCGGUCAGUGCGGGCGCUCCUUCGCCCAGCCCUCCGCCCUGCUGGCCCACCAGAGGGUGCAUGCCCGAGCCAAGGUAGUGGAGAAGGUGUCCCGCCGCACCCGGUCGUCCUCCGCUGCGGCGGCCGCCGCGGCGUCCAAGGCGUCACCGGAGAAGCCAGCCGCGCCCCCGCCCGCCCCCUCCCGGCGCCGGCCCUCCCCUCACCGGUGCCAGGUGUGCGGCGAGACCUUCAGCACCUCGUCCAAGCUGCUGCUGCACCAGAGCACGCACGCCGGCGACCGGCCCUUCCUGUGCGAUGUGUGCCGCGAGGGCUUCUCUGAGCCGGCAGAGCUGGCCGUGCACCGGCGCACCCACGCUGGCGACCGCCCCUACGAGUGCGACGUGUGCCACCGGCGCUUUGCCUACGACUCUUCGCUGGCCAUGCACCGGCGCGUCCACGACGGGGAGCAGCCCUACCGCUGCAGCGCCUGCGGCAAGUCGUUCGGCACCUCCUCCAAGCUGCUGAAGCACCGGCGGGUCCACGCCGCUGAGAGCCCCUUCCAGUGCGCUGCCUGCCUCAAGAGCUUCGGCAACCCGGCGCAGCUGGCCCGGCACAGGCAGCACCAGCACCGUGAGGAGGAGGAGGAUCGGCAGGCAGGCCAGCGGCGAGCUCCCAGCGCCGGGUCCAAGCCCUUCCGCUGCCAGACGUGCGGCCGCUCCUUCAACCAGUCGUCGGACGUGCUGAAGCACCAGCGCACGCACACUGGGGAGAAGCCCUUCCAGUGCGAGCUGUGCGAGCGCUCCUUCACCCAGCUUUCCACCCUGCUCAACCACCAGCGCAUCCACCUGGGCGAGAAGCCGCACCGGUGCGAGGUGUGCGAGCGCUCCUUCACCCAGCUCUCCACCUUGCUCAACCACCAGCGCAUCCACACCGGCGAGAAGCCCUUCAAGUGCGAGACCUGCGACAAGGCCUUCACCCAGUCCUCCAGCCUCCUCAACCACCGGCGCAUCCACACCGGCGAGAAGCCCUUCCAGUGUGCGCUGUGCUCCAAGUCCUACUCCACCUCCUCCUCGCUGUCCGUGCACCAGCGCUCGCACGUCUGACGGCAGCUCCGCGUGGUCAGCGAGCGGGGGGGGGGGGUUGG